AUGAGUAAUCCUACUGGUGACUUUGGGCUUAUCGGCCUUGCCGUUAUGGGCCAAAAUCUCAUUCUUAACAUUAAUGACCACGGUUUCGUUGCAGUUGCCUAUAAUCGAACUGUAUCAAAAGUUGAUCACUUUUUGGAGAAUGAAGCAAAAGGUACCAAUAUCAUUGGUGCACGAUCUGUCGAAGAUCUUGUAAAUAAACUUAAACGCCCACGUAAAAUCAUGCUUUUGGUCAAGGCUGGUUCCGCUGUUGAUGACUUCAUUGAACAAAUUAUUCCUUAUCUCGAUAAAGACGACAUAAUUAUCGAUGGUGGUAACUCUCAUUUCCCAGAUUCCAUUCGCAGAUGCCAAUAUUUGGAAGGAAAAGGUUUCCGGUUUAUUGGCUGUGGUGUCUCAGGCGGUGAGAGUGGUGCUCGUUAUGGGCCUUCCCUCAUGCCUGGUGGUUCUCCAUCUGCUUGGGAGCAUGUUCGCCCUAUCUUUCAAUCCAUUGCUGCUCAAGCUGACAACGAACCAUGCUGUGAUUGGGUCGGUGAAACUGGUGCAGGACAUUAUGUUAAAAUGGUUCACAAUGGUAUCGAAUAUGGCGAUAUGCAACUUAUUUGUGAGGCAUACCAAAUAAUGAGAGAAGGUCUUGGACUCUCACAUGAUGAAAUUGGUGAUGUCUUUGAAGAAUGGAAUAAGGGAGAACUUGAUUCCUACUUGAUUGAAAUUACUCGAAAUAUUGUUAGAUAUAAAGAUACAGAUGGUAAACCUUUAGUUGAAAAAGUUAAAGAUACCGCAGGACAGAAAGGAACUGGUAAAUGGACCGCUAUAUCUGCUCUUGACCUAGGUGUCCCCGUUACACUUAUAGGAGAAGCUGUUUUCUCUCGUACACUUUCUUCUUUGAAAGAUGAACGUACCCGUGCAAGCAAAUUAUUAAAAGGCCCUACAAAUCCGAAAUUCCACGGAAAUAAACAUACUUUUAUCAAGCAACUGGGUCAAGCUUUAUAUGCCUCUAAAUUGAUUUCUUAUGCUCAAGGAUUCAUGUUACUGCGUGAAGCCGCUAAAGAUAACAAUUGGAAUUUGAAUUAUGCUGGUAUCGCGUUAAUGUGGCGUGGUGGUUGUAUUAUUCGAAGUGCCUUCCUUGGUAAUAUCAAGAAUGCUUACGUUAACAAUCCAAAUCUUGAGAAUCUUCUUUUUGAUCCAUUUUUCAAAACUGCUAUUGAGGAUGCUCAAGACUCUUGGCGUCAGGUUGUUUCACAAGCAAUUCUACUCGGUAUUCCUACUCCUGCGUUUUCUACCGCAUUAGCCUUCUAUGAUGGUUAUAGGCAUGAAAAAUUACCUGCAAAUUUACUUCAAAGUCAGAGAGAUUACUUUGGCGCUCAUACCUUCAGGUACUUGGAUGAAUUUAUCGAUGAAAGUCAUCCAAGCGGUGAUAUUCAUGUCAAUUGGACCGGCGAAGGUGGUAAC